GGUCUCCUCUCCCUGUAUCGCAUGCCUUGCUGCUUUGUGUCCCAGGUGCAUGAUACAUUCAUUUCAGAAUCCUCCUUCAAGUAGUCAAGUGGCCUGGCAAAUAGUCAACACCAGUCUAAAACCAUGCCAGCUCUUUCGCCACGCAACUCGCACUAUUCGAUGCAGAUGACACCUCGUCAGCCAGAGGUUCUACUGCACGACGGUCACGAACUCGCGACGUGGGAGAAAUGCGUCGAGAUCGGACGCGUAGUGACCUACUUCCUUGGCUCCGUUCUCUUCCUGAUCGGCUCCAUCUACUUCUACCCGGAGUACUCCGUCCUGUGGGACGGCGAUGCCGGUGUCUUCGCCAGUUGGUGUUUUGUCGUGGGCUGCAUCAUGUUUUUCUCGGGAGCCAACCUCGACUUCAUUCAGACUAUCCGCUACAACCACGGCACACAGUUGCGUCAAGUCGUUCGCGCGUUCAACGCACUGACCAACUACAUGGCAUCCUCCAUCUUCAUCCUUGGAGCGCUCUACUUCCUGCCCACCUGGUACCCGAAGGCGCCUGAGCUCGGAUGCUGGUCAUUCUUCGUCGGCUGCAUCCUCUUCUGCGCCGCCGCCGUCGUCGACCUCAUUUUCAUCUGCGUGACUCACGAGGACCCGCGCGUCACCGGCUUCAAGGUCAAGAACAUCGUCUGCUGGGGCACCAUCGCAGCUCUCGGCACGUUCAUCGGUGCGCUGUUCUUCAUUCUUGGCAGUUGGUACUACCUACCCCGGUACAUCAACCGUGUUGACGAUGGGACGCACUACAUGAAUAAAGCCAUCACGUUCUACGUCAUCGGUAGCGUGUUCUUCAUUAUCAACAGUUUGGCGAUUAUUCCCGAGGUCUCACGUGCGAUCAAGGCUACCGCACGGAAAAACGACAUGGGUAACAAGGUCUAAAUUAUCGAAAUAAAUUGUGCAAAACGCGGCACGAAGGAGUGUCCGCGAAGUGAUCUGUGUUCACAACCUGUCCCUGUCUUCAUGAUGCGUUUGAAU